UUAAUUUCAUUCCAAACGCAGAAAAAAAAAAAGAAAAAAAAAAAGAAAGGAAGGAAAAUAAAUAAAUAAAUAAAACCCAAAGACCAAAAACACAGCCCUGUCUCUGCUGUUGUGCGCAUCGAAGACAAAAACAAAGCGAGCAAACUGAGAAUUCGAUUCCGGUUUCAACGGCCAAUAAGAGUCGGCACUGAUCGUCUCGAUCAAUCUACGCCGUCUGAUCCCGGUACCCGAUCGUAAAAAUUUAAGGAUUAUCAAAAUCAGUAAUUUUUAUUGAUAUAUUCGUCGAAAUUUCAAUGAGGGUUUGUGAUCGGGUGGGGUUAGAGUCUGGUUUGGGAGCUUUGGAUUGUGGGUUUUGGUGGGUUUUGUGAGGGAUUUGGUGAUGUUGGACUUCAGGGAAGGAGGUGUGUGAGGGGGUUAGGGUUUUGGGGUUAGGGCUAGGGUUAGGGUUAGGGUUAGGGUUUGGUGGUUUCGGUGGGAUGGUGGGGAUGGAAGAGAACGCUGAGCUCGAGGAAGGUGAGGCUAGCUAUUACGGGGAUGAUGAAGACAAGAUCAUUGACCCUGACAUCUCUCUCUCUUACAUCGAUGAGAAGAUCCGAAGUGUUCUCGGCCAUUUUCAAAAAGAUUUUGAAGGAGGGGUUUCUGCCGAGAAUUUGGGGGCAAAAUUUGGUGGCUAUGGCUCCUUUUUACCUACCUAUGAACGCUCUCCUUCUAUUUGGUCUCGUCCAAAGACUCCACCAAAAAACUACAAUGCACCCAGAUCUCCUAACAAUAUCCCCAUCGAGGGUGCCUCUCAGAAUUUUAAAGCUCCCUCGAAUAAAGCCCCAUCUUUGAGGCUCGGGACUGCUACCUGUAGUGCCCAUCCAUUGCAUAAUUCAAGAGUUGCUUCUGCAGAUGUUUCCAUCAAACAAAAUCAAGUUGCUGAGAAGAGUCCCUUGAAAGAUGAAAGUUCCAACAGAUCAGGCAAUCUGACUGACCAAAGAACACUGAAGGUUCGAAUAAAAGUGGGUUGUGAUAACUUGGCAAGGAAGAAUGCAGCAAUUUAUAGUGGUCUUGGACUUGAUGACUCCCCAAAUUCAUCACUGGGGAACAGCCCGGCGGAAAGUGGAGGGAUGUCACCCAUAUCUGGAGAGAUGACUGAUAUGUCUCCCACUGGCAUCAUUCAGGCUAUGACUUCCUUCCCCAUCCCUGGGGGUGUACUGAUAUCACCUAUUCAUGACAGUCUGCUUUGCUUGGUGAAGAAGGACAAACUUAGUGUCAGUAAACCCAUGCCACCCCUCAAUGGUCGUCAAGAACACUCAGCCAUUUUAGUAGAUGAGUUAGCUUCAAUGAUGGGAAAUAGGAAAGUGUUGAAGGAAAAGAAAGCGAAAUUAGUGGCGAAAAGUGAAAGGCAGUUCGAAGUGAAGCAUGAAAAUGGUACAUAUUUUGAGGAUGACAUGUCCUUCCAAACGAAGAAAAUUUCAGUAAAUGAAACCACUGGAGGCAAGGAAUUUUUGCCCGGUGACUUGAAAAGCAUGCAUGUUUCCAAGUCAGAAAGUGAUGUUCGUGGGUCUCUCAAAGUAGCUGGUGGGGGAUCUGAAGUUUUUAGGGAGGGUUAUAAGGAUGGUGGAAAGGUUCGAUUACGUUCCUCUGAAUUAGUGAAAGAGGAAGCUUCUGAGUCAAUAUCUGGUGAGGACUGUAGCAAGAAUGAGAAAGGAAACCCAAGUAGUUUAGUGCAAAAUGUCCAUGGAAACAGAGUGCUAAAUCCCCACAGGGAUGUUUUAAUUGACCGUAAUGAUGAUGGCAAUUGUCAUAAAAUUUCUGCCUCCUUACAGGGUUACUCUGAUGGGUCAAAAUGUAAGGAAGAUCUAAAUCCUCAAAAAGAGAAGGUUGGUUGGAAAACUGAAGAUGAUGAAACUAGUGUUCCUUUUAAGACAGAAGGGCUGUCACUUGAACGCAAAAAUAAGUCAAAGGGUGCACAAAGUAAUGGCAAGUCAGUGCCUGUUUCAACAAAGGAAAGCCCAAGGUUUGGUGCAAGUGCAGAUUUAACUAAUAAAAAGAAUGCUGGUUAUCUUGUUGCUGACUGUAACAGUAAAAGUCAACGGAUAAAGUCCCAGAAGGAUGAUAAAGGCAGAGAUAAUCAGAGAGAUUCAUUGUUGGCACCGAAGUUGGAACAGAAAGAUAAUCAAAUGGAUCCAGUGAGGAGGUCUUCUGGUGAUAGGCCAAAGGAUGCUAACCUUGAUUCUUUUGGAAUGCAACGGAAUGCAUUCUUGGAUAAACAAAAGGGAAGGAUAAGUGGUAAGAAGGUUGAUGGGCAGGAUAUAUCUGGGGCAUCUAUAAAAGAUGCUUCAAUUGUGCGUCCUAUUACAGAAACUGGACUCACUUCUGAGAUAGUGCCACCAAUGGCAGCUCCUGUACUUAUAGAAGAGGAUUGGGUACAGUGUGACAGAUGUCAGAAGUGGCGGCUUCUACCCUAUGGUACAAAGCCAGAGCAACUCCCUGAUAAAUGGUUGUGUAGCAUGCUAAAUUGGCUGCAUGGUAUGAACCACUGCAACAUUAGUGAGGAGGAGACAACGAAAGCCCUCAAUGCAUUGUAUCAAUUACCAGUUUCUGAGAGUCAGAACAACUUACAAAAUCAUGUCAGUGGAACUGCAUUGGGAGUAUAUUUAGGUGAUGUCCAACAUCUUGACCAGAAUCACCAGAAUGUCAGUGCCCAAGCCGCUGCUAAUCGAGGAAAGAAAAAACAUGGUUUAAAGGAAAUAGCAAAUGCUGGAUCCCCAGAUGGCCCCUUUCAGAUCUCAAAGUCUACAAAGAACAAGCUACAAGAAUCUACGAAAAGUAGGAGCAUAAAUGGCAAGAACCAGCGUCAUGCAGAACUAAAUCUGAUGAAGAAAUCUAGUUCUCAGCAUUUGAGUAAGAAGGGCAACUUGGUUGUGGAUAAAGACAUGCUUAGUCAGAAAGAUAAGCCAAUUGAUGGAGGGCAUCAAUUGUCUGCAGGUGAUGUGAAACAAAUAAAAAUGAAAAGCAAGAGGGAAGCUGAUGAAUAUGGAGGUGGGACCUCCAAGAAGUCCAAGACAGAGGAUAAGUCCUAUGCUGAUAAACAUCGGACCUCCAAAAUGGACUCUGAUAGGGGGCAUAUCAGUGCAAUUACUGCUUUGCCAACUAAGGGAAGUGGGAAGGAUAUGCGGAAAUAUGAUGAAUAUUGUUUAUCUGAAGACACAAAGUUGGAUGUAAGGGACAAGGUGCUAGUUUCUGUUAAGAAACUGGGAGACCAAGCUCAGGUCUUGUCGGAUGGUGGAUCCUUGGAUAUGAGAAUGUGUAGUAAAAAGGAUGUUUCUUUGAAGAAAAGGAAAUUGGAGCUGGAGGAUGACAAGAAUGAAAUAGCGACAUUUCAAAAUUCUGCUCAUGAUGGCAGCGUAUAUGAGAAAGAGGGAAGUAGUGAGAGUGGAUUGAGGAAGGAAAAGAAGUUCAGGGUUUCAAAGAUUCAGGUGAAAGAGUCCAACACUAAUGAUUCUGAUGAUAAGUCACACAAAAGAGGUAGGAUGUCAGAAAUUUUCUUAUCAGGCAUUAGAGAUCAUCCAAGUGAUACUAUGGAAGAAGUUGGGAGAAACGAUAAGGAACAGCAACUCAGAAAACAUAAAAAGAAGAAUUCAUCUCAACCGACUGUGGAUGUUGCAGAAUCAUUAAGAAGGGAUUUGGGGUCUGGACAGAUUUCAGUGGCAGCCACUUCAAGCUCUUCAAAGGUUUCAGGAUCCCGUAAAACUAGGGCCAACAUUGAAGAACUGAAAGGUUCUCCAGUGGAAUCAGUUUCCUCUUCUCCUUUGAGGACCUCUAAUUUAGACAAGUUUACAGGGAAAGAUGAUGCUAUGCAUGGUGGUCUCUCUAUGAUGGGUGAUUUCAGAAGAUACUCUGAUGGGGAUAAUACUGCCGAGAUUAAUCUGCCUGGGACAGUGAUUCAUCCUGAAUCUCGUAAGUUUUCUGUGCUCGAGUAUAGGGAUGGAGAUGCUAGUCAUAAGUUCAGUGGUAAAGCCAAGCCUUCUUCUGAAUUUGGGAAUAGCCAUAUGCUUAAUAGUCAUGUUCGUAUGGUAGAGCAAAAUGCCCGGUUCCUCAAUGAUCUGCAUGCUCCAGAACAUGGUUAUAAUGAGGAUGGGGUGAAGAAGAACCACCAUGACAAUUCAGUUCUACAGAAAUCUGGUAAGAGUACAACUACACUAUCUAAGGGCAAGAGCAGAAGUUCCACGUCCGAGUCUGAUAGAGAUAAAAUGAAGGUUUCUGAUCCAGUUAAUGGUUAUACAAAGAAGAGCCAUAGGAAUCAUUCAGAGAGUGAUCCUAAUCAUCGAGUUCCUGUUCAUGAAACAACAGCUAAUGCUAAACACGGUUUUCCUAAAAAUCCAAGCACUAAGUUUGUCAAGGAUGAGAAGAAUCAUGUUAGCAGUAGGGAUCCUGUAGGACAAUGGUCAAGUGAGACUCAAAUGGAAAUCAAGUUCAAACAAAAAGAGUAUGAUGGUUUGGAUGUGAAAUCAUGCGCUCCAUGUAGCAGAGAUGUGAAGCUUGCCCCCCAGCUGAGCCUGAUUCAGGAUUUUGAGGGUGAAAAUAAAGCUGAUCCAACACAAAUAGAGCCAAGAAAUGGGAAAUCAAAGUUGUUUUCACUUUCUGAUGGUGAAAGUAAACUAGAAACAGUAUCCCAGGGUUGUGGACCUGUACUAGGACGUCAGAAAGGAGAUAUGUUUGAUGGAUGUCCUAUUGAUGCACCUGGUGAUGUGUCGAAGGCAUUAAAACAUUCCGGGAAUGUUAAUUACAAUGGAAUUAGCCACAGCAUGGGUCAUCUUGUGCCUGAUAGACAAGGGGUCAGAGAUCUCAAUGCUUCAAGUCCUGUGAGAGUGAUCUCCUCCAGCCAGACUGCUACUAACACCCUGAAAGAAGCCAAAGAUCUUAGAGACACUGCAGAUCGUCUUAAGAGCUCUUGCUUUGGUUUUGAAAGUAAUGAGGCUUACUUCCAAGCUGCCUUGAAAUUUCUUCAUGGAGCUUCACUUCUAGAAACUUGCAGUAGUGAGAAUGGCAGACACGGGGAGAUGAAUCAAAUUCAAGCGUAUGGCACUGCAGCUAAACUUUGCGAACUAUGUGCCCUUGAAUAUGAAACACGCCAAGAGAUGGCUGCUGCUGCUUUGGCCUACAAAUGCUUGGAGGUGGCAUACAUGAGGGUGGUUUAUUGUAAACAUUCUAGUAUGAGCAGAGAUCGGCAUGAGUUGCAAGCAACUUUACAAGUGGUUCCUCAAGGUGAAUCUCCAUCAUCUUCUGCUUCGGAUGUUGAUAACUUAAAUAAUCAAGCACCAGUUGAUAAGGGUAAUUUAUCGAAGGGUACUGGUUCUCAUGUUGCUGGAAGCCAAGUCAUUCUUGCUCGAAACCGCCCAAAUUUUGUUCGGCUGCUUGACUUCGUUUUACAUUUAGAGCUUCACCAUUGUUUCUGUUGGGGAUCUAAUUAGUAGCCACAUGUGAAUUAAUUUCCGUGACCAAGCAGGGGUCGUCUUGUCUUUGGAUAAAUUGGGCAAAUUGAUGAUUGGAUAUGGACACAAAGUUUGCAGUUCUUGUUAGCGGUUGUGCUGUUUAGAUAUGUAAGAGGUAAAGCUAGUCAAGGUAUAUUUUUCUUCUUCGUAUUAAAUGUGGCAUUUCUCUUUGGGAUUGAAGCAAUUUAGGUUACCCCGUGGAAUGAUUUAAAGGUAUUUUUCCCCUCAUAGUUUUGUGCUUUUCAGUUGGGAUGUAGUCUGUUAUUUGUUUUCAAUUAGUUUCCCAUUGGUCUUGAUACUUAUCUCAUUUUUAUUUUUAAAUUAAUCUUCAUGCAAGGAAAUCUAUUCUUCAUUCUCUGAAGUGUUUUUCUCACUUAAUAUUCAGUUUUAAUUGAACCUGAAUAUCAUGUAGUUGCAACUGAGUUUUUUCAUCUGGAAAAUAAGUUUACAGGCUUUAUUUUUCAUCAUGAUCAUAACAGCUCAAUUAAGUUUCAGUGACUUCAGUUUUUGUACAAAAUGACGUUUCAACUUGAGUUAUGUGUUGUGCUUUUAUGAUCAUUAUCAUCAUAGUUUUUGAUUUUGUUAAAGUUACAGUUUAUACGACUAUCAAGUUUAGGAAAUCAUAUAUUGGGAUGAUUAUCAAGUUUAGAACAUUACAUACUGGGAUAUGUCAACUAUAUUUGGAUACUGUUUUUUACCUAUUUAUGUCUAUAGUGACUGCAAGCAAGCGUCAUAUUGUUUGUGGCUAACAUAAAGAAAAUAUUCAUCUUAUUUAACACACAUGAAUUUGGAAGACAUAUAACUUUGCAAGUUUUUAGUGUCUGGAGAUAGCAAAUAUAACACUUACAAAGAAACUAUAUAUUGGCAGGCAUCGUUACAUUGCAAGUUCUAUGAUUAAGGAGAUGGGAGAUGUUCCUGUCAUUACAUUGCGAGUUCCAUGAUUAAGGAGAUAGGAAAUGGAACACUGAUGUGGCAGGAUAAGAGCGGGUUAUACACUGUCUAUUUUAUUUUCUUUGUCUUCCUAGAAAAACAGAAAUAUCUUGAGCUUACAUUUUUAUCCCAUGAUAACUGUGCUUCUACUCUUCCCUCACUAGUGACUUCUAAUUCUUGUCUCAUAAAUGCUCUCUCUCUCUCUCUCAAGUUGAUUAUAUUUUGUUAUGAAAAUUCUUUUCUUAAUUACAACCAAUUUUUUCAGUAAUACAGAAGUAGUAACUCUGGGAAUUUGGUGAGAUGGUCGUCAGUUUCUGCUUGUCUUUGUUGUUGGUCUUUUCUAUAUGAGAAAUGCUAGGAGUACUAACUCUUUUUUACUAACAGGAACUUACUAAAUUGAUGUGUAACUCAUUCAUCGAAGAAAAACAAAACAAUUAAUUAAGAGAAAUGUAACAAUGAGUGAGCUACACAUCAGUUUAGUAAGCUUCUCUUAGUAGAAGAGUUAGUACUCUUAAUAUUUCUCUUUCUAUAUUCAGACCAGCAAGUAUCUGGAAUAUGAGAGGUGGUCAUUCAAUAUCUUAUAUUUUUGUUAACAGUCUAGACAGUGUUUCACAUCAGAAUUUUGGGAGGUGACAGAAGCAUUGCUGGUUUAUUUAUUUAUUUAUUCAUUCUUGUUCUUGGAGACGAAGGAGAUCAUGUUCUAUGUUCAUCUUAGAAUUAAAUAUUGUGAAUAUUUCCUGUGGUGAUGGGUAACGUUAAUGCUUCCCUGGUAGCUGGUAGUUGAGCAGAAUCUGUGUGAUGAAUAUGAUUGCUUAACAAGCAGGAUGUUGGUUUAGGUAGGUGAAAUGGGUGCAAUUGAGUUGAUGGCAACCGGCUGCAAGCGCUGAUGAAUGGCAUUCACAUCGGCUCUUUUCCUAUUUCUUUCGAUUUUUUGUUUUCUUCCCAAAGUUAUGUAUUAUUCUUUCAAGUAUAGAUUGUAAUAAGGGCACAGUUGAUGUUCAUUGCUGUUCUCAGAAUGCUCUGCACAAAAACACAUUGUUCUUAUUCUUCAGAUAAUAAAAGAAUCAGGUUUUCUGGCCGCUAUUAUUAUUA